AUGGAAGGUGACCAGCCACUGCAGGAGAGAUCUGGGAACCUGCCAAGGCAGAGGACCAUUGUUAAUAAGCUACUGCUGGUGUCCUCUGUGAUUCAGUGCAUAGGAUUGCUUAUAUGCUUGAUCUACAUUUUGGGGGCUUCUCAGCCCCCGAAGUCAAAGAAUGAGAGUGUCAAAGUGCAUCUUUUGGAGUAUGAUGAAAAGAAUGGUUUUACCUUACAAUCUUCUGGUGAAUUUGGAUCCAUCGAGGUGCAAAACAACUCCCUCAAGAUCAGAUGUGAUGGUUUUUACCUGUUAAGGCUGAAGGGCUACUUCUCCCGAACUCCCAACAUUGACUUUCAUUAUCGGAAUGAUCAACGUUUUUACUUAUUCUCAAACUUUUCCUCCUACCAAUAUAUCAGCUCUGUUGCUGUGGUCUACCUGAGAUUUGAAGACUCGAUCUACCAGAGAGUGGUAUCCCAAAAAGUGUCCUCGACAAGCUUAGCAUUCAGUCAAGGGGAAAUAAGCCUCAUUCAACUGACUAAUGAUAACUUCUGUGGCAAAUGA